GAGUGAAGAGGAAAUAAUAGUAAAAAUUUAACUCUGGUCCCUGAAGCCAAAUGCCCACUGCCAUACCAGCAGGCAGGAGACAGAGACACAGAAGCCUGUGAUGACAAAGACACAUCACACACUGGACAACCAGCCCCUAGCCAGAGAUGACCGGCUUCCUAUCAGACCUGGUACAGUAUCGGGGGCUCUUUCAAAUGAUCCCUGUCCUGGGGAUCGGUGGAACAUUCCAAAUUGGCUUUCAAGUUUCUACCAUCACCUACACAUCUCAGCAUGUUAAGGUUUUCAUUAAUGAAACUUGGCUGAAGCAAUACGGCUACCCCAUCCAUCAGGAUAACCUCUUGUUCCUAUGGUCUAUCACUGUGUCCAUCUUUGGUAUAGGAGGUCUCUUGGGUUCUUCAGGAAGUAGAUACCUGACUGUCAAGUUCGGCAAAAAGAAAUGUCUCCUGUGCAACAAUCUGCUCAUGAUAGUGGCAGCAUCCAUCAUGGGCUGCAGUAAAAUAGCCCAGUCCUUUGAGAUGAUUCUAAUUGGACGCUUCCUGUGUGGAAUAAGUGCAGGUCUUUGUGUUCCUCUACACUAUCAAUACGUUGGAGAAAUUUCCCCUAGGAAGUUACGUGGAUUUGCAAACUCUACUUCAUCUUUAUUUUGGUCACUGGGAAAAGCCGUAGGGCAAAUUUCAGGACAAAGGGAGCUGCUGGGCAGCCAGUCCCUGUGGCCCAUGCUGAUGGCCUCCUGUGGACUUCCAGCACUGGUCCAGCUGGUCACUCUGCCCUUCUUCCCUGAGUCCCCACCAUAUCUCCUCAUGCAUAAAGGAGACCAGGAAGGCUGCAAAAAAGCCAUAAGGCAGCUUUGGGGUGAAGGCCAUCACCAAGCAGAGAUUGAUGACAUCAUGAAAGAGAAGGCAACAAUGAAAAACACCAAGAUCUUGAGUGUCCUGGAGCUAAUGAAAGAACCAGCUUUCCGUUGGCAGCUGUACAUGAUAGCUAUUCUGAGCGCCACAAUUCAGCUAUGUGGCAUCAAUGCAAUUUAUUUUUAUACUUUUGAAGUCCUCCAGGCAGCUGGCUUUGAUGAAAAAAUGAUCUCCUAUAUGUCCCUCUCUGUUGGACUCUCUGAACUCAUGGCUACUGUAGUCUGUAGCUCCAUCAUUGAGCGACUGGGCAGGAAAGUGCUCCUAAGAGGAGGCUAUUGGAUCAUGGGUUCACUGCUAGCUGGUAUCACUGUGACUAUCUCCCUACAGGACUGGUAUUUCUGGAUGCCAUACUGCAGCCUUUGCCUGAUUAUCUUGUUUGUAGUUGUCUUUGGAGUUGGGCCAGCUGGUGCCACAGUUUCCAUUAGGACUGAAAUUCUUAGGCUCUCAUGCAGACCACCUGCCUUUGUGAUCAGUUCAGUUCUCAACUGGCUGGGUGUCUUUGUGAUCGGAAUAACCUUCCCGUUCAUUGUGGAAAGACUCAAGCACUUCUGCUUCCUCAUCUUUAUGGGGGUACUUUUCACUUCAGGGAUAAUUAUCCACCUGUUCCUUCCAGAAACAAAAGGGAAAUCAAUUGUGGAAAUCACGGAAGAAUUCAAUAAGCUAAACUUUAAAAAGAAGCGUAUUACAACAACUCCAAAUCAUGCCACAGAGGAUUACACCUUCUGCACCAGGCUUUGACUGGCCAUUAGGGAGAGUGAGGCUUUCUUAAAAGGAAGGAAAAAAACAUAUUUGUCAUUUUCUGACUAGCAAGUCAGUCCAAAUGGACUGUCAGCUUUCAUAUCUGUCACUUACCAGGUUCCCAUUUUGCCAAACCAGCACCUUUCUCAAUCACUCCACUCUGGACAGCUUAGAAAAGGGAUGAUGGCUCAUAUUAACAGGAUAGACUCAUGUGAAUCAUGAGCAUGUUGGCUUAACUUGCUGAUGUGUAAAUCUCUUCUUAACAGAGCAACUAAUACACACUGAAACUACAUGUAGAAUUUAUAAACACUCUGCUGACCACAGAGAAAGGGAAGACCUGUGAUCCUCUCUCUCUCUAUGAUUUCUGAGUGUGUUUUUACAACCCUGAAAUGGGAAUAGUGAAGUUCUUGGCUUGCUAUCUCUGGCUAGUGUUCAAUCCAUAACAGAUUAAAGAAAAAAUUUAGUGGAAUAGGAGAGUAAUUCUUUGUUUCUCUAGACUCAACUGAAUAAUCAAACCUUGCCAGGUUCCCAUGCAUAACACUAUGUUGUCCUUGUGUUGUAUCUAGUUUGACAGACUUCAACCCUUUUGGACUGAAGUUUUCAAUGUCAGCAGCCAUCCUUGCUUUGACUUAAAUUUAAUUUUUUGCUAAAAAAUUCAGCCAUUUGAUUCUAAGCUCAGACUUGUUCAUGAAAAAGUGUGGGGAGAAAGUUCCUAUACAACUCUUCUCAAGGAAUAGUGCCUUUCAGUGGCAAUACAGCUAAAGGACUCAUGGAUAGAAUCCAGUUGCUAUAAAAAACACAAGCAUCUAGAGUCAUUUUAGAUACUCUGUGCUAUCUUGCCCAUCACCGUCAUCAUCUCCAGUCUGUAGCUCCUAUUCCAGGAUCAGAGUUCCCACAGAUAUCUCAUAGGCUGUGAAUCCCAUAGCAAUUUAGCUGCUACUUUCCUUUGUGUGACUUUCAGCUACCUGGACCCAAUUUACCCCAGAAGAACUGCCCCAGACUGGAACUCCUGGCCAUAACAGAAUACCUGUUGCUUUACAGUUUCUCUUAAAGACAUCUGUACAGUACCUUGCUGUAUGUACAGCAGACUGUCAGCAAAAGCUCAGUCAUGUCCUCCAGCUCUUGGAUACAUGCAGGGCUACUGCCUAGGGUGUAUUUCUCUAUCAUGACUAAGAAGUGAUCACAUAUACUCAUAUUUCAGGGAUGUGCAAUCAGUACAGACUCUUCAGUUAUUGUUCACUGCAAGUGUACAUGCUGAUUGACAGCUGUAGAGAUGACUGUAAAUAUUUUAAGCCUUCAAUAUUUUGUCAGACUCAUACAGCUAGAUAAGAUUUACAGUAAAAGUGGGAAAUGUAAUUCUAACAUAAGGAACUUCUAAGGCAUUCAUUUAAGCAUUUCCAACAAUAAUUUAUGGUUUAAUUUACAGUCUCUCAUAGGAGUUUUGCAAAUUUUUACAAGCAUGUAGUGUGCACAAAGAAACAAAGUGAGAGACUAUGUUAAAACAUAUCAUAUGCAAGUUUUCUAACUUCCAGAUUUAGUGUGAUAUACCAUUCCCAAUGAUGUCUGUUGUAGGAAUGGGUGCAAUAUAAUGGGUACACUGAUCUAUAGUCAACAUCUGUGCCUGAGUUCACAUACUGCAGGCUUUCAAACUGUGAAUGAUCUUCAAGGCAAUCUACUACCGAGUUCCUAAUUCCUCUUCCUGCUAUACAUAGUUAAAGGUGAAAAGUGUUUGUGAGCCUUAUGGGAUAGCAUGAUCUUGUAAAGUACCACAGGGAUUAAUUUCACCAGAAAUUUUUUUUAAAUAUGCAAACUCAUGGUUCUUUCCUUUUCUUUCGAAAGUGUCUAAUAUUCUGCACAUUUCCCUUUAUUAAUGAGAGGGUCACACAGUCCUAGUAGCAAAGCAAUACUAUUAGGAAGAACACAAACAAAGCUAAGGCUCACAGUGGAGCACUCUAUACAAAUUAACAUCCAAACUCUAGACUUGCACAGUAAAAUAAGUGGGUUUAUCUCUGAUAUUGCUUUGACCGGCAUAUACUUCAACUCAAAAAAGGUUAUUCAAAAUAUUAAUUCAGUUGUUCAUCUUAACUGCUGCUUAUUUUUAAUUGAAAAUGUUAAACAUAAUAAAAAUGGCAGAUUGCCUUGUAAUAAAACUUCUGGCCUCCACAAAUGGUUCUUUCCCAACAUCAGGAUCUUUCUUAGGGACAGCUGACUAGAAAAAAAGGUAUUGGUGUGCAUACCCUAACAUGAUUGGGGGUUUUCAUUAUUCCUGUCUUUAGUAUUGAGGGACACUUAAGACUUCUCACUAAAAGAUGAUCUACGAAACAUGAAGUGUCAUUAAAGUCAGAAAAGCUCAAUAAUUUUGUAGUGUUCCAUAUACAUACAACAUGAUUAAAAACUACCAGUUAUUUUGGAGACAACUACCAAUAUAGAAAGGAAACCUCAACUUUUUGCAAAACAGAAUUCUCUUUUCCUAACCAGUCAUUCUGAAAACAUCCUUCAUUCCAUUACAACAAUACCUGAAGUCUUUGGAAACAUAAGCAGAGUGGCAUCGUGUAGCAUUGCUGGAGUCACUCUCUAGUGAGCCACUUCUCUGAUCUCAGUUAUUCAUUAGAUGUUAUUAGGAAAGCCUCCCCAUAAGAUCCUCACCAGGAAGUGAGCAGAUGCCCUAUGGAACAUUAAUGUGACAACGAAGUGGAACAGCUAUUUGGAGCACAGGUCAACCUUUGCCUGUGCUCAGUGGAGCAAGAGCUGUGUUCUGGUAACAGUCUGGUCAAGGCAUGAAACAGCAAAAAGUUAUGGUUCAAAUAUACAUGGGAGGUGUCAGAGACAAAGAGUCAUUCAGAAGUUUCAGGAAUACUACAUGUGCAUUUUCUUGCAGAGACAUCAGCUGAUUGGUAAGAUACGCCUCAAAUACUGACUCUAACUGAGCCAGAUAGAAACACUUAAAAACUGGAUCAGUGAACUGCUGUCACUAGACACAAAAAACAUAGAUCUGGCCUGUAUUAAGGAAGGCCUAGCACAGCUUUGCAUAUGUGUGUCACAUGUGACUGUAAAAUUGCAAGAUAAAUGAGUAAAUAACCUGAUGUU